AUGGCGCCAGAUCCCGCAGCCAUCGAUCCAUUUCACGGGUCCAUGAACACCAUGCUCAUAAGCAGCCGUCUAUACAAUCCAUAUACAAGCCUGCCUCGCUCUGUCCUCGCCUUUACCAACCGGCCAUCACCACCCACAGGGACUCCGCUCGUCAUCGUGCUCACCACAACACCGCUUAUCGGAACUGACACUGAUCAUAAUGGGAGCCUUGUACACUCGUCCCGUCCUCGUCCAAGUGCGGAAUGA